ACAUGGUAGCAUUCAUGGGAAAAUACAUGGUGGCACUAGGUUAAAUAUUCAUCUCAUGAAUAAGUUCAGCGGUACGAUACCACGAAUAAGUUCAGCGGUACGAUACCACCAAUCUACGAUCUCGCCUGCAGAAGUUUUUCUCUUUUUCUGCUUUCCCUUCUCCAGAAGACCCAGUUGUUUCCCAGCCUCCGUUAUCGAGCUUGAAUGGUGGAAUUAGGAUUCCUCAUCCACCAACAGACCUCAUUCUCUUUCUAUUGCUUCUCAGAAAAUUUCUCUCCCCGGCCUCUGUGACAUGGGAAACACUUCGUCUAUGCUUACUCAAUACGACAUUGAAGAAGUCCAGGAGCAUUGCAACCAUACCUUUUCACAGCAAGAAAUCGUUUCGCUUUACCAAAGGUUCUGUCAGCUCGAUCGAAAUGGUGCUGGAUUCAUCUCUGCAGAGGAGUUCUUGUCUGUGCCGGAGUUUGCUGUCAAUCCUCUCUGUCAGAGAUUAUUAAGGAUGGUCGAUGGAUUGAAUUUUAAGGAAUUCGUGGCAUUCUUGUCUGCCUUUAGUUCUCGUGCAACUAUGCAACAGAAAAUCGAAUUUAUAUUCAAGGUUUAUGAUACGGAUUGUAAUGGGAAGGUCGCCUUCAAUGAUAUAUUAGAUGUGUUGCGGGAUCUGACUGGUUCAUUUAUGUCUGAACAGCAGAGGCAGCAAGUUCUGGCACAUGUACUUGAGGAAGCAGGCUACUCGAAGGAUUCUUUGUUAGAGCUAGCUGACUUCAUAAAGAUUCUUGGCAACUCUGGGCUGAAGAUGGAAGUUGAAGUUCCUGUGGAUUAAUAAGAUAAUGAUACUGUUGUUUCAGUUGUGUUAGAAUGUGAGUGCAUACUUCUUUCUGUUCACACUUGUAAGAAACACAAGAAAUGUUCUACGUUCUCUGCUUUUGUGUCUGCUUCUUUGUGAUGCUGGAAAUGUGGCCUUCAUUGUACACACUGAGAGAUUAGCUAAUAUGUUGUUGCUUGCAGAAUGUCUUUUAUAAACUCUUCAACCUUGGAGAGCAUAGGAUGCUGAGGUAUUUGUUAAUUGCUGCAUAGAUGUUUGCUAGUUGCCUGGUAACCAUCAAACUGCAUUUGUGUUUGUAAUCUAUAUGGUUCAAAGAGUGGGUCACUUUCUAGUCAAAUAAAGUUGAUUAUCCUAACAAUUUAGCUGUUCUUUUAAUGCAAAUUUUCUUUAAGUUAGUCAACAUUCCAUGGUGAUGCACCAUUACUUUCAUUUUUGUUUCUAUCUGAACAGUGAUGAUUUUGGUAUAGGUUCGAUCAAGAAAUAUUCCACCAAAUUGUAUGUUCUGUACUUGUGGCUUUGCAGUUUAUCUUGUAAAUUUUUUCAAGAAAAGCGGGUUGGAUCUCUGACCAUCAUAUCUGCUACCCCAGUCUAUUUCAUACAAUUGGAUGAUUUAUACCAUAAGAUCCAAUUGGAAGAUUAAUUGAUUUCUUACAAGAAUUUUAUAGAUUGGGUGAUUUUGAUAUCUGAUUCAUGUAAUUUUGGUGAAAAUGAUCAUUUUUAGCACUCAA